AUGGAUGAGCUGAUGGAAGCCACAACUAUCUCUAAGACGUACCACUACUUUUUUCCAUUCCAGAAGGGUGCGUAUAAGAUGUACGUCAUUGAGCGUCUCAAGACCUACACGAGACAAAAUAGAGACACCAGGUCCUCACAGCGCCCCCCUGUGGAUACAUAUUUAGCAGAUCUACUAGACAAAACAAGAGACUACGACGCAACGGAUCCCAGAGACAAAGUAUACGCUAUUAUCGGAUUGCUGAACCAAAGUGGGUACAAGUCACCUCUCAUGGUCAGUUACCGAGUUACUGUUGAAGACCUUUACAUUCAAGUUGCAAAGAUUAUGCAAAAGGACAGUGAGACACUGGAUGUCAUGAGCCAAGUAGAAGUUGAACCUUUGACUCACCAAGGUAUACGCUAUGGACUACCUUCAUGGGCUCCUGACUGGACUGUGCGUUCGAGCAACAAGUCAAUGUAUGGAAGUGCACAGUAUCCAAGAUUAAAGCAGCCAGACAGGGGGGGCCCUGUUGGUGUAAAGCCAAGUUUUAGCUUCACUGGAGACUCCAAGGCUCACUGCCGAUUCCUCUUGAACAAGAGCCAAAUGGUUGCCGAGGGCUUUACAUUUGACACCAUAGAAAAGAUAGAGACGCGUUUCGUUGAUCUGGAGCCUGGCUUAAAGCUAGUGGGGGUAAAGCGGUACGGCUACAGGAUAGGCUGGAAACCACCAAGCGCCUGCGAUCAGUUCGAAUGUCACGAUUACUGGCUUGCUUGGCUUGGCUUUCAAACAGACUUCCCUAGUCCGACGACCAAAAUCCCGCGACGAAAUGAAGGGAAAAUUCGACACGUGGACAUCAGAGCCUUCAAGACCCAAGCCUCGGGUGUUUUGGGAAGCACAGACACAUCAACAAAAGUCGGAGAUAACAUAUGUGUUCUGAUGGGGGCCAGGGUUCCCUAUAUUCUGCGGCCAUGUGGUAACUCCCACCUCCUUGAUCGCGGUGUUAUGAACAGCGUGUUGAUGAAGGAGUUGGGUACUGGAAAGUUUACGCUUCGGGAUUUCAUUAUUGAAUAA